AUGCAAAAAAAAAUUGUGGGCUAUUUUGAGCGAAGGUUUAUCUGUGAUGAGACCAGGAACCCUUACUUCUCCAAAAUCCUCAAAUGGUUCAGGUAUAUUGAUGAUAUUCUCUGUGUGUGGAUUGGCACUGAACAAGAACUCCAUGAAUUCACAUCCUUUUUUAACAGUAUGAACAAUGACCUGAAGUUCUCUAUUGAAUAUGACCAUAAGCGGGUCCAUUUCUUGGACAUGUGGAUAAAGGUUGCUAAUGAUGAACUUAUCACCCCUCUAUAUCAGAAAGAGUGAAAUAAACACUUUUCUCCUAGCAAGUAGCAAUCCUCCUAGUGCCCUUAAAAGACGGUUACCCAAGAGCCAGUUCUAUAGGGUCAGACCUGUGUGUCAUUCGACAGAGGACUUUAUUGAUAAAGCUGUCAUCAUGAGACAACGUUUUCUGGACAGGGAUUACUCCACCCAGUGUGUGGAAGAGGCUCACCAGGAUAUGCUCAAUAAAAGUGUUCAAACUUCUAAGGAGUUCUCUGUUACCUCCAUCACUACAUUCACCCUCAAAGCCUUUAUGAUUAAAACAUAG